AUGGAACACUACAGGAAGUCUGCACGUGCAGCCGCCUCUGAAUAUAAAUGGCACCAUGAAAAUGAUGCGGACUUGUUUAUGGCCUUGUUCUUACGACGAGCAUUUGAAGGUAGGAGAUCCAGGCACCUAGAAUGGGAACAGGGCGAAAAGACGACUCUGGUACCGAAAUCCUGGACGCAAGAGGAAAGGGAAGAUGCGAAGAUCUCUGCUGUGAGAGAAAUGAACUUAGAACAUCAACCGACUGUAGCUCCGCAAAAGUCUUCGACCAGGCUUCGCACGGCAGCACAAAAAAAAGCAGACAGCAGGCGACAAGCCGUAACUGCUGCCAAUAUAUACACAUGGGAAAACGCCGAAGCCCGAGGCGCCUUUGAAGCAGCGUAUGAGCACCAAGCCAUAGAGGUUAAUGAGCGUAGGCAGCGCGAAAACUCAAGUGGAAAAUGGACACAAAUGAAAGCAUCCGACCAGCAUGAUCUAUUGGAACACGCCGCAAAAUAUCUACAAAAACUAUUCAAGGAUGAUCAAAUACCCCCAGGUCUUAAACGCCGCCCCACCCAAGGUGUGUCUCUUGGUGGUGCAAGUAGGUCUGAUGAUUCACAUGCUCAGGGUUCGGCCGCCAAGAAAACUUUUCAAACAACGAUCAAUCUCAAGGAGGGUAGAAGACUCGAAGACAUACCAGACCGUUAUCCUCCAGGUUACAACAGCGAGGGCGGGUCUGGUUUCUCUGGCAUGAGCACCCCCGAAAAAAAAAGCCCCAGUGCUUCGGAACUAGAAAGUGAUAAGCGAAAAGCGAAGCGAAAAGCCAAGGCUACUCAUGCAAGCCUAGAUGCUCGUGUACAUGACUCUUCUUCUUCAGAUAAUGACUACCAUCCAGGCGAGCAUUUAACGAGGGAGGCGGAUCGUACUAAGCGACGAGAGCAAGCUCGGACUGUGGAAAGGAACCAAGAAGCAGAACGCAUGCACAAUGAAGAGAUGCGAACUCGCAUGCAAGCUGCACGACGACAGCCGUACAUACAAAGCAACUUGCAGCCUCAGCAAGCACCUGUAGCUACCAAGCCAGUUCCUUACACCACUUCAAAGUUACCUGCUACCGGAGACACAACGGUGGCUGCAGGGAAGCAACGGGCAGCAAAAGUCAUCAAUCCUAACAAAUAUCCGACUGUAGCAGAAUAUCCACCAGGUUAUAAUAGCUCAGGCAGUUCCAAUCCUCCAAACACUCCACCUAUCACGAAUGACCAAGCAUACUAUGAUAUGAUGAACCAAGAUUUCACUACCCACCACUGGGCAGUCAAUCGCUCUGGGAACGACGAGAUUUAUGCUGAAUCUCCACCCCGAGACACUAGGGAGCAGUCUUCAACACUCCGUUCUGGCAAAACGGCGGCUGCAGGAAAACAACGGGCAGUAGAGGCUCAUCAAACGCAAUCAAAAAAAUAUACGGCCUCUGGUGCAGCUAAAGCUACGUCAAGUGUGUCUACAACUGGUGCCGCAAAGCAAAAAAUCGGAGGUCAACCACGACGAUUCGCGCAGACUACUUCGAAUGCCACUAGACAGACUACAAGUGUUCCAGCAGCCGGAAUUCCAAGACGCUCUACUGAAGCACGCACUACCGUAAGCAACCCCACCGCAAGUCUUUCUACCGGUGGUCCAACAAGACGUGGUACUGGAGAUUCGGCCUCGAGUUCCAAACCGAAGAACAGUAAGCAGGACUCGAAGAAGAAGCCGACCAAGAAACCUGGUUCUGGCACGUAG